AAGGUAUAUAUAAUAGUGUCUUUGAGACUGUUAUUUUAACUUGCAUUUUUUCUCAUAAAUUAGAAUUAGUUUGACCUUCAGACAGUUGUAGACAAGUCAGAUUAUAGCAAAAAGGGUUUGCAGGUGGCGGAUUUGUCUGCCCUGAUCCCACAACAGAAAGCAACAAAAAGUUUUUUUUUUAACCACACUUUUUCACCAAGAAAAUUCAAAGCAGAUCGGGAAACAGAUUAUCACCUGGCCGCUGCAAUUCCUACCAAAACUGCUGCUGCAAAAUUCUCGAAUUUAGGGCCUCUUUAGAUUUACAGCAGAUCAAUUUAUUCUUUUGAUAAAUUUUUUGGCUUCUAUUUAGUGUCGAUCCAUUUAUUUUUCCAGCGGAUAGAUUUAUUUUUUGGCGCCAGGUAUUAAUUUAUGAAUUAAAAUUAAAAUUUGGGGACUUCGUGAAGUUUUGGAAAUUCUGCUGCAUUUUUGGCCAUUGUCGAUGAUCGCUUGAUCGAGAGGAUUUGGUACGCAGGCGUGGAAAUUAGGGCUUCUCUUCAACAUGAUGGGGACUGAAAAUAACAUGACUGAAGAAGCUCUGCCUGUGUCUAUGGCAGACUCUAUGGUGAGUGUUUCACUUGAUCAAACCCCACAGACAUAUAUGUCCAAUAGAGAUUACAAAAGUGUAUUGUCAGGGGGCUUGGCAUAUUCUGAAGCUCAUCCUAUGUCGCCUACAGAGGACCCUUUGCGGUCUUCAGACAGAGGUUUGAUUCCGAAGGCUUUAUCUCAGGAUGAAUCUCUUUUUGAAUCUCUUUCAGAUGCUGUAUUCACUCCUUAUGUUGGAGAGCCUAUUGGGAAUGGGAAUUCUCGUGGCUUUGGGAAUGAUUCAUUAUUACAAACUAGUUCUUCUUCGAUUUCAGAAUUUCUGACAGUGAUGGUGUUAAAGCCUCAGAAGGAACAGGAAAAUAAUGCAGCAAUUCUUGUCCCUGGUGGGAAUACAUAUGUGACAUAUCUAAUUGAAACUCACACUAAUAUCCCAGAAUUUGGUGACAAACAAUUUAAGGUCAGGCGGCGUUUUCGCGAUGUUGUGACUCUAGCUGAUAGGCUUGCUGAGUCAUAUCGAGGUUUUAUCAUCCCUGCUCGCCCAGACAAAAGUAUAGUAGAAAGUCAGGUCAUGCACAAGGAAGAAUUUAUUGAGCAGCGGAGGAUAGCUUUGGAGAAGUACCUUCGGCGGUUGUCUACACACCCGGUUGUUAGAAAGAGUAAGGAAUUUAUGUUGUUUCUUCAGGUUGAAGGGAAGCUACCUUUGCCUACAACAACAGACAUGGCUUCAAGAAUGUUAGAUGGAGCUGCUAAACUUCCAAAGCAAUUAUUUGGUGCAGAAGGCAGUGCAGUGAUUACUCCUGAUGAUGUUACUCAACCUGCAAAAGGAGGCAGGGACUUGCUUAGAAUGUUCAAGGAGCUAAAACAGUAUGUGACAAAUGAUUGGAGGGGUGCAAAGCCGCUUGUCAUCGAGGAAGAUAAGGAUUUUUUGGAAAAGAAAGAAAAAUUACACGAACUUGAAUACCAGCUAAGCCAAGCCUCUCAACGGGCUGAGUCACUGGUUAAAUCUCAGCAAGAGCUUGGAGAAACGCUGGGAGAGCUUGGACUAGCAUUUAUUAAAAUUUCAAAGUCUAAAAGUGCAGAAUCCAUUUCAAAUACUCAUACGGUUUAUGCAAGGAAUGCAAAAUUUAUUGGUACUGCAGCAGUAAAACACAGUAGAUUCAUUCGAGAGGCAAAUGCACGAGCAGUAAAUAAAUUGGAUCAGCUACAUGAGUACCUUAGCUUGAUGCAGGCUGUACAUACAGCAUCAUCUGAUCGAUCUAAUGCUUUAUUAACUGUACAAACAUUGAUGUCUGAACUUUCUACAAUGACUGCCCGGGUUGAAAAUCUUGCAGUUGCAUCCUCAAAAGUAUUUGGCGGUGACAAAAACAGGACUCGGAAAGCAGAGGAAUUAAGGAAUGCUAUAAAGGUUACAGAGGAGGCACGGGAUCGUGCAAUAAAGGAGUAUGAACAGAUCAAGGAAAAUAAUAGAAGAGAACUUGUGAGGUUUGAAGCAGAAAGGAAGAUUGAUUUCUUUGACAUGUUGAAGGGAUUUGUACAUAGUCAGAUAGAGUAUGCACAGAACACUGCAAAUGUUUGGACAAAAGUGGCAGAAGAAUCCAGUGAGUAUGCUGGAAGGUCUGCAGUAUCACCAUUUUUUGGCUUUCGUGAUGCAGACUAAGGUUCUUCUAGGGCUUCUAAGUUUCCAGCAGUUCAUAUCGAAAUGAUGCUUCCAUAGUGGCGGGGAAGAGUACUUUGUUUGAUUGCUCAUCAAACUUGAGGCAAAAUUGCUUACACUUGAUUUUGACAAGAGUUUCUGGGGUUGUAAACCGCAGAAGUUGAAUGCCUAUACCAUUUAUGGCAUGUGUAGCUGAAAACUAGAAGUUAUAUUUUAAAAUGAAAUAUGUACUAAGAAUGUAGUAAUUUCAUUCUGCCUUGCCUCUGAGGCUACCCAAGCUUAGUUUAGUUAUUGUCUACAGUGAUAUGCGUAUAUAAUGUUCCAUGAAUUCAGCUGCAAGGCAUUUUCUGAUUUUA